UUGUAAACACAAUAUUUUGGAAGUGGUGGUGCCACAGCCAGCAUGGUUGGUAUACUGGGAGUAUUAUUCUAAAAGGCAACUUUGUAAUUUGAAAGCAAAAGGAAGGCUGUUACUAUAAGCCACAGCAGGGUUGAUGGUUCUUUUCUCAUCCCUUUUUUCAAUCGCUCCAAGAAAGAGAAAAUUCUUGAAAGAAAUCGAAAGAGAAAUAUUCUCUGAGAAAACGAAAGAAGAAGAAAGAGCGGAAGCAUCUCUCUCUGUUUUCGUAGAUCAAAUGAAGAGCUGUGAGCUCUGUGAUUUGGCGGCAAGGACGUAUUGUGAAUCGGACCAAGCAAGUUUGUGCUGGGACUGCGAUGCUAAAGUGCACGGAGCCAACUUCCUGGUAGCGAGACACGUCAGGUGUCUUCUCUGUCAUGCGUGCCAGUCUCUCACUCCAUGGAGAGCCGCUGGUUCAAAGCUUGGUCACACGGUCUCCGUCUGCGAGAGCUGCGUCGACGGCGGCGAUCGAGAAGACACCGAAGCAGAAAACGAUGAUGAGGACGGGGAAGGCAACGAUGGAGGAGCUGUUUCCGAUGACGAUGUGGAGGAGGAUGAAGAUAAUCAGGUCGUGCCGUGGUCUGCAGUUGCAAAUACACCUCCGCCGGCUUCAAGUUCAUCUAGUAGCGAAGAAUCCUCUGAUGGCGAAAGAGAGAUCUAUAAAUCGACAAGUUUGUUUCCGUUGAAAAGGUUGAGAGAAAAUGGUUCAGAUCUUCGUUCUCAGGACGAUCUGGAUCUUUCAUCUCCUAAACGGAGGUGCGGUUACCGUACUGUAUUGGCGACUCGGAGCAGAGCAGAGGAGGAGGAGGAGGAGGAGGAGGAGACGGUUUCUGUUGACUCUAUGAGGGUGCUGAAAGACCAACCGAUCAUCAAACCGGAGGAUACGGUUCAGUUUCAAUCCGAUUCGAGAGGCGCGGCGAGUACGCAGUCAUUAGGUAAAAAUUAGAGCUCUAUUAAAAUCCCGUAACAAAUAUCCUAAAUUCUGUUAGUAAUAGUCCAAUUUGAGAUUUGAGUUGGUUAGGCCUGAUAUUUCUGAUGAUCUAACCUAUUCUAACGGUAGUCCAUGAUUGAUGGGAUUGUUGACCCUUGUAGUAGUUAGUUUGUGCUCAUCACCUAAGAAUUUUACUAGUUUAAUCUCUCUCUGUCAGAGAUUUUGUAAUUCAUUUGUGCUCAUCAUCUAAGAUUUUUACUAGUUUGAUAUCUUUCGAGGUUCUGUAAUUCUGAAAUUUAACAGUGGUGAAUUAGUGCAUUAUCAUCUUAAACAGA